AUGGCAAUUGUGUGUAUGGUGAGGCGAGAUGUUGGAAAUGUGACUGAGAAAGCCAGUCAAUGUGCUGUCGUAGACCCGACAGCCGUUGUAGACGAUGUUCCGGAGAUGCUGCUAACGGAUCCGGUCAUCGCCGAAUUCGAUUGGUCAAAGGAAGUGAAGGGUAGCAUCCUAGGCGCAUUUUUCAAUGGAUAUCUAUGCUCUCAGAUUCUCGGCGGUUAUCUGGCCUCCAGAUUUGGCGGCAAGCGGGUCAUUCUCUAUACCGUGCUCGGCUCAUCACUUCUCACGCUGCUCAGUCCAAUCGCCGCUCGUACGCAUCAUAUGGCACUUUACGCUCUGCGUACUGUUAUUGGUUUUCUACAAGGAGCUACAUUCCCGGCCAUGCACACCAUGUGGGCUCUUUGGGGACCACCGUUGGAAAGAUCUGUACUUACGGGAGUUUCUUAUGCCGGCGCUCAAAUUGGAAACAUGCUUGUCCUCUCGGUCUCUGGAAUUUUGUGCGAGCACGGGUUUGACGGAGGGUGGCCCUCAAUUUUUUAUUCUUUCGGUGUCUUCGGGGUUAUCUGGUGUGCUUGCUGGCAUUACUUUACCUCCGAUCGGCCAAGCACCCACACCCGGAUAUCGAAAGAAGAAGCCGAAUAUAUCGAAUCGUCGCUGGAAGAGACGAUGGGCAAGAGUACCGACAAGCCCCGCGCGACCCCCUGGAUGAGCCUUCUGACCUCACGCGCCGUUUGGGCAUGCUGGAUCGGUCACUUCGCAGGAGAUUGGGGUGCUUACACGAUGAUGCUAGCGCUUCCCUCUUUUCUAAAGGAUGUCCUUGGCGUUAACUUGAGCUCGCUCGGCUUCCUCUCUGCCGCUCCCUACCUCGCCUACUUUGUCGUAAUCAACAUCGGCGGAGCCGGGGCUGAUUACCUUCGAAAUGGGAAUAUUCUAAACACAGUGAACACCCGCAGACUGGCCAUGAUGUUGGCAUUGGUCGGACAAGCAGUAUUCUUGGUACUUGCCGCUCACUGUGGUUGUGGACAGGAAAUGUUGUUUGUUGUGUUUUUGAUUAUCGGAACGGGUCUCUCAGGAUUCCAGUAUUCCGGAUUUGUUGUCAACUAUCUCGAUAUCGCCCCGCCAUUCUCGGGGACCAUUAUGGGAAUAGGAAAUACGUUGUCGUGUUUUGGAGGUAUUGCCUCGCCAUUGGUUAUGGAAGCGAUGACGAAGAAUGGAACGCGUGAGGAAUGGAAAAUGGCCAUGUGGUUGACUGCUGGUAUUUUGGUUGUGGGAGCUGUGCUAUACUCGCUGAUGGCCAAGGGUGACGUCGAAAACUGGGCCAAAGCAGAGCCGACGAAAGAUGAUGAAGAAGCUGUGCCACUUCAGGAGAAG